GAAAUGGAUCGCAAGCUUCUAAAUGCUUUGAUUAUUAUGUCUUGUUUUAUCAUCGCAGCAGCAUUCUUUAGUAACGUUGUUGUGCUAGCAGCAACAUACAAAGAUAGACGUUUGCACAAACCAGGUAAAUAUUUUGUUGCAAGUCUGGCCGUAUCUGAUCUGCUGGUAGCCAUGCUCAGUCUGACGAUGCGACUCGUUGUUGUCUUCCUAAACAUAAAGAAGCCAAUGACGUUAGUAUUUUGUUACUUCUGGAUUUGGGUGGAUAUUUUCACGGAGGCUACCUCUAUUUCCACAGUGACCAUCAUCUGUAUAGAUCGUUACUACAAAGUGUCUAGACCGUUCAGAUACAAGAUAAACAUGACAACGCAUCGCGCAUGUCGCAUCAUCGUUUUUCUAUGGAUGUAUUCAGCAGUACUUGGUGUACUUGGUCUUAUACCGUACCAUGAAAAUAAAGGUGUGCAUACAAACUAUUCAAAAAAAUGUUUGAAUGACAAUGAGAUAUUCUACACUCUUGCAGCGAUACUUAGUUUCUUUCUACCUGUCGUAAUACUCGUCAUAUUAUGUACAUUAAUAUUUCGUAUUGUACAGAAUCAUAGCAAGAAACUUCUGACAAAUCUGCCAAACCAUGAUAUAUGUUCAAGGAAAAACAAUCACAAGCGACAGUAUUCAAAUAGACGAAGUUUGAUAACGCUGGCACUCAUUGUGCUCACGUUCAUUAUAUGCUGGGGUCCAUUCUUCGUGAUUUUUCUUAUAUCCCAAUAUAAGCCUUCACUGGGCUUACAGAAUAAUGUAGUUUUACAGAGUGUCUGUUUUGUUGUCCUUCCAUAUAGCAACAGUUUUUUCAACCCAAUCAUCUAUGCGUUUUUUGAUAAAACCUUUAACAUGGCCAUCAAAGACAUGAUCUUUGGGAGAAAGAAAAAAGGCACUCGUAAUAACUGCUAUUUUCACAAAGUACUACAAGGGCAAACGACAAAAACUACUAAAACAUGUUUAAAAAUGGACAACUGAGUGAAAAUUUUCUACCAAUUUUAUCAUCAGAACUUUAUAGUAACUAGUAAAUAAACGAUUGAUUUGAAUCAACACUAUAGCUUUAUAUAACAAAAUUCAAACGUGAUUUCUCCAAAAUUAUAUUAUAAUGUAUGGUACUGUGGUCUUCAAGAGGAUAAUUUAUGAAUAUAAAACAAGUAUUGAAAUAAAUCAGAGAAUAAUGUUCGAAA